GCAAAGUUGGUUCAAGAAAGAAUCGUUCACCUGCGAUGCCUUAAUUAGGUUUACCUUUUUCGAUCGUUGUACUUAGGUGUUCCAAGCUAAAACCUAUGCUGUUGCAUUCCACUAUAAUUAUAAGUGCAUUCAUAAGUGCACGAGAAAUAUGGAUGACAAUAUGAUAAUUUUAUGGGAUGUUAUCUAUAUAGUUUAAGAAUGAGAAUAUGAAGAGCAGUAACCGAAAAGAAGGAUCCAUCGAUAAAAAAAGAUAUGUUUUCUUCUCGGAUCCAGAUGUUAUUGCCAAACGCGCCGAGACCUCUGCUGUUGCAGCACAGAUUACUCGAGAACUUGAGGCGCAACAGAAGACUUUCAAGGAGCACGCAGCUGAUUUGCGAGUGCCGGCACGUGGCAUAAAGUGCUUAGAAAAUUUGCUAUCCUAUUAUCCUGUACAGCCAUAUCCUUUUACGUUUAUUAGCGCAGUGAAACAAAAGCUCGCUUUAGAAGAUCGUAUUGAUAUUGGCGCCAAAGCACAUGACUCAAGUUCUCAAGCAAAAAGUUUGACUUCUUCGAUACUGAAAGCGGCUAGUACGCAAAGUUUGAAUACACGGAAUCAACGUGUACAAAAAAUGGACUUUAUCAAGCCGCUGAAAGUACCAGAUCUGAAAAUUUCUCCAAAAACACUGGAUUUCUCCAGCAGAGAAAGUUCUGUUUCAAAGGAGCUGCCUUCGAUAAAGUCUGAAAUAGCUGCAAUGGACGUUGUGCACGACAGAUCUGACAAAAGUCUAAGAACUGGUGAAAGAGUACAGAGAAAAUUAGACUUCUCCUCUGACGGAUCGUCAUUUAUUACGUCCGAAAGCAUCGAGCCGUUAAAAGCACCAAAUGUCUCUAUAUCGUCUAAUUUAAGCAAGAAGAAAGAACAUGGUAGAGACAGCUCCAGAGAAAAGGAAAACAGAUCUAAGAGAAUGAAAAAGGAUGAUUCUUCGUGUGCAAAGAGGGACGAAUCCAUGCAAGACCAAGUAAAACGCAGUCGAAGCCCAAGACGCGUCUCCAGAAAAGAUGUCAGAGAUAUGGGUAACACGAACGUACCAAAGAAUGACAGACCAUUCCUUACUGCAAAGAGUAAUGACUUUUCGUCGGUAAAAUCAAAAGAUAAAAAUUUUGUAGCAUCCAUUGGUAAAAAAGAUGACAAAAGACAGAAGCCUUUUAAUGCACAGUCGGUGGAAUUAACAAAAGACACGCUUCUAGAAUCCAAGAUUCGAAUGUCCAGCAAUGAAUCUAGCAACUUUCCGGUUUUUCCAUCUUGGGAAGUGCUAGAUAAAGUUGCAGUGAGAGAUAAUAUGGGCGUUUUAUCUAGUACCGAAAAUAAAUCUAAAGACAUGAGCCACUAUUUUUUAAAGCAAAAAUCUGAAAUGGAAGACGUGAAAUAUAAAUCUGAUUCGGAUAGUAGACAAUUGAAAGAAGACAAAUUAAGUAUUAUCUGUAAGGACCAAACGAAGAGAGUGUCUGAUAAAAAUAAAAUGUUGAAUAACCAAGGCGAAGAUAAUAAACUACACAGUGUCAAUUCGGAGCCAUCAGAAGAUGUUGAAUUUAUGUCUGAAACAAACAGUUCCAGGAGUCGUAUAAGUGCUUACCCUAUAAGUUCCACGCACGCAUCAAAAAGUAAAGAUCUCGAAACGGCUGUGGAAGGUAAACAGAGCAUUAAUUCUGCCGGAUCAUCUAAAACUUCAGAAAAUGUCAAAUAUACAGAACAUUCCGUGGCACAGUCUGCAAGUACGAGCGUUAAAAAAGACGAGGAGUCAUGUUCACAGAGCAUUAUUACAACUAAAGAAAUAGCUACCAACGAUGAUUCAAAUGAUGUGGACGACAGUACACUGCCAGAAGCAUUGUUUGAUUCUAGAAGAAUCUCCCUCAGAGAGGGCUAUUCCCAACCAGAAUUUCAUAACUUAAUGACGCCAGAAAGAAUGAAUCUUGUGUUCAAGUCUAAACGAAGGAGAUACUUGAUGCAGAACAAUGAUUCGGAAGUUGAUGCAAGAUGCCCCAAGUACAAGCCGACAGUAAAAUCUGAAAAAGAGCAAGAGGAGGUAGAAUUGAUACAUCCAACAGCUUUGCAUAUGCAAUUUCAGGCGGAACUGCAUCUUUACGAUUCUUGCAAUGAGUCCCUCCGACAAAUAAUGGAUGUUGAAAAGUGUCUAUACAACACUAAAUGCGAAAUGCAAGAGCAAAAGAAUUUGCAGAAAAUCGAUAAAAAAGAUGAAGAGGAAGUUGCGCAAAUCGUAGAAGACCGUGCAGCUACUACGAUUGAUAACGAUGCUGUUGAGAAAACAACAUGGAAUCUAACUGAUUAUGUAGAAAAAAAGGCAAACCAAGGCAACGUCGAUGAGGGUUAUGGAUUUAAUUGUGGAAAGUUUAAUAAAGCGGUGGUCAAAGUGGCGGAGGUACAAACGCAAACGGUAAAUGACAUUGCGACUCAAACGGACAUAUCCGCGAACGAACGGAACGUGCAAAACAGAUUGUCAGAGAUGCGUGAAAACCCAUACGAACCAUUUUUGAGGAGAAAUGAAAUGUCUCAACUACCUGUAAGUUCGGCCAUACAAUUCGAAGAUUUGGACCAAAUAGAAGAGAUGUCACGGCCUAGCAGAAUGAGGACCAUGUCGGAGAUUAGUUUACACGAAACUACCUCGUCGAUAAAAACGGAAACCGGGACCGAGAUUAGUAUCUCGACUCGAGAUGUAACGUGCUCCUUUAAUAAAGUUAUAGAUUCACAGAUAGCACGACUCUUGAGAGACGAGAAUCAACUAAGCUAUCAAAUUAAAGAAUGGCUCAAGGUUCGAGAAAAAACAUUAAGCGACAAAACCAAGAAAUUGGUGCAGCUAGAAGAGCAAAAACGUGCAUUGAAAGAUACCGGACAAGACAGCCGUUCCGUGAAAAAGAAACAGAGAGCUCUGCUUCUAAAACUAUUAGAAGAGAAAGAUGAAAUUCUAAAAUUUAAAUUGUUUCACGAGCUUACAAGCCUGGAACGGAAACGUAUGUUUGAAAAACAGAGAGGCAUGUUUAAUCCGCAAAUGUCAACGAAGAAUAUCUUGACGAAAUUGAAGAAGAUCGCAGACAGCCAAUCGCCGAGAAGAUUAUCGGGUCCUAUGAAGGGUUACGAUAUACGCAGUAAUAGCUCUAUGAGCUCCUUGAUCGAUUCUGAUAAGUCUCAGCAUGAUCGGUCUCAGAUCGACACGCGCCUGAACGUAUCCGAGAGUGAUGCAUCCAAAAUUGAGUAUUCGAAGCCUAACAUAUUAAUAAGUUUAAGCGAAGGAAACAACACGUCCGCGGCAAGACUCGACGAGUUAGUUGAGAGUAAGGAACAGAAGAAAUGUCCCACGCAGUUGCAAAGGAAAAGCGAUAUGUCGAAAUACAAGCUGCGGUCUCGAAAGUACGAAGACAAGAUGCCUAGAGCGGAUAUUUUGCGACAGAAGCAAAAUCAGCUGGACAUGGAGUCGAAACGGAUUCAUCCCAUGAAAAUAAAUAUUCGGCUCUUGGAAAAUCAGGAUCAGAUCAGACUGUCGCAGUCACCGAGACUAGAAGUAGAUGCGUCGGUACCUGAUUAUGUAAAAUCAGAAUCUGAUACGAUCACAUUAGUGGAAGCGCUUCGGAUCAGCGAAGCGAAAAGAUCAAGAACGUCGCAAGUAACAGAUCCUUCCAUACAAACCGCGACAACUGCAAAAGGGAAAGAAUCAACUUCUAACGCUGCAACUGCCAAUAGUGAAUCUAUAGAGGAAGAGAUGGUCCAAGACACCGUUUCAAAGACGACGCAGUCACACAUCUCCGAAAUAUCACAGGCGAGUACGAGUAAGAACUCAAAGAAGAUUGACAAGUCUAUCACAAGUGACAGAGACAUAUCUAAAAAGUUCCAGCCUAAUGUCGAACUGAAAACAAGCUCUAAGCGUAAAAAUUCCAAGUAUCAAAAAACGAAAUCAGUCUCUAGUAUAUCAUCGGAAAAUAUAUCGCGGUCCAAAUCAAGCUCUCAUAUAUCGGAGGAGCUUAUUGAGCUUUAUAAUAAACGUACAAGAGUGGAGAACGCAUUGCUUCAGUUAGAUAACAACAAAGAAAGUUCGAUCUUGGACGAAUCAGAUUUUAAUGAGAGCCAAACAUCGCUUCAGGCGCUCGUUAAGCAUUCCAAGGCCAAGGACAAAAGCUCGAAGUUAUCGACAGCAAACGAGAAUAAGGGAAACAGGUCCGCUCAAGCUUCGAACAGAAAAUUUGAGAAUGAUCAAAGUCUUUCCAGGAACGAGCGGGAUACUCAAGACGCAUCCACGUCUCAGAUUAGCACUUUUGCCGUUUCCCAUCACAGUUCUCGAGAAAGCGAAAAAAAUCUUUCGAGGUCUAUAGUCGUUAGGUCGCAAGACAGAGAAUGUGAACAGAUUUUGAACGCACGCGAAACAGAUCUUGCAUCGCGCAAGAAUUGUGUCGAGGAUUGGAUGGCGUGGCACGCAAGGUUAAGAGCAGAAGAGGACCGUGUUAUUCGUAUGGAGAAGGCGGCAUUUAAACUCGUGGCAGCGUCUAAUGUUUUGUAUCAGCAAGGAGGGGAUACCACCUUAUCGUCUGAUACGAGCGACGUCGAGGGAAGGAUAGGACUUCUCACUGAGAAAUUAGCGGAACGACGUCUCGAAAUGGCGCGUCUAAAAAGAGAAGUGAAGAAGCAAACGAAAAAACGGCUGCGUGCUCUGGAAGCAAACCUGCAGACUCAAAUCAAGAAAUAUGACACGACCAUUCAUGAGAUGCGCAAAAAGUUGGAAUCGAAGAAAGCUACUAAAGAAACUGAUAAGUUAGCUAUAGAGCCAAAGUCGUUGGCCGACUUCAAAGUACCUGAAAUACCGCUUAAGAGGAUACAGGACAUCUACAAAAGCAGCGAUUUGUUGAGAUCUAGGUCGGAAUCGGAUCUUCUAUUGACGAGAAAUCAGCAGAAGGAUUUAUCGAAGCAUGAGAGGGAUAGUUAUCAGAAAUUUAUGACAUCUGAAAAUAUCAAGGGCGCUAACGUUUUCGCACUAAAAGACACUACGGAUCCCAACGAUAGCGCUCGAACUAUUUUGGAUGAUUAUACAUCGACAAAAGCGUACGAUAAAAUUCGAACGGUGCCUUCGACGUCAUCGACUUCAAACGAUGCACGUUCUGAAAAACAAAUCGGAGAAUCCACUGCCGAUAUCAAACAAACCAGCGUAUCAUACGGUGAGGAAAACGCUAAAAUUGAUUCUAGUACGGUACAAUCAGAAUUGGAGGUGCAAACGAUAUCGGAUGCAAGAUUUGAAGAUCACAGUACUAUUAACACCGAAUCAGCAGAUGAUAGAUUAAAUACUAAUGUCGAUCAAUCUCUGCCAAAGACUCCCACGAUAUUGUCCGAGAUCCCAGAAAUAAGUAACGUCGAAUACUCCAAAUCUAUUCCGAGCAAAUCCGAGUAUUCUACGGAAAAUGUUGCACGUGUUACCAAUUCCAAUAUACUUACUUAUUCGAGAAAGUUAGAUUUUCUGCAGUUAAACAAUAAGAACUUGAGCGAGGAUAUCAGUUCUCUCGAGAAGGACAUUAAGGCGCUUUCAGAAAUAAUGUCACGCUUAAGUAAUGAAUCGAAUGAAAAGUCUAGAGCAGAUGAUGAAAGGAAUACGUCGCAGGAUAUAUCAGAGAUAAUAUCUAAAUCAGUUUUUAGCGAUCAAAUAAUUGAUAUUGAAAAUAAAGAACGGCAAGCAGUGUUGCCUGAGAAGAAAGUCGAUACCGAAUCACCUAUGUCGGUAAAUAAUAAAACAUCAAUAGCUUCCAAUGAUUUCAGCCAUGAUAAAUACAUAUCGGACAGAAUAAGUAGUGAAAUAUCGGCAAUAAUCCCGGAAGAAGCUCCUACCAUCUCUAAUUUAUCUCAUGAAAUCGAUUACGAAGCCAAAAGCAGAGAGAUUAUGAAUGAAAUAGAAAAAUCUAUACUGUCGCAACAUAUUAAGAUUGCAAGCGGCGAUAAUCAAACUUCAGCAUUAGAAGAUGGAAAUGAAGAGUUGCUGAAUGAUUUGGUCUCCGAGCUUGAUAUAAAAUCGAUUUCCGAAAUUCUUUCCAAAGUGUCAGAGAGUAGAAAGAGCCUCGGUCUUGCGAAGACGACAGCAACCCAGAUUGUCGAUGACUCGAAGAAAAGUAUAAAUGAACAGUGCGAUUUAAGUGAAGCGAUACUUGAGAAGGAUCUUGUAAAAGCUCGAACAAAAGGAGCGCAUUCUCUGGGACUUGCCGAACAUUUUAGCACUAUAUCAAUGCAGUCUCCCAUCAUCGCCGGUCAUCGAUCAAAGGAAACGAUAUCACAAGGCGAUUCGCGAAGCGCGCCUAGUUUAGCUUCAAGUCAGAGCUCGCAUGUUGUUGCCAAAGAUUUGAAAUCGUCGAGAAAUAUUCUCGAGGCAGAAGUCAGAAUUGAUGCCGCUGAUGAUGUGAAGAUAUCAGAGGAUCUCGAUGAAGAUAUUCAUACAAAAGUGCUCGACAGUACCGUAAAUUCAAUGACACUUGCGUCUAAUACUGAUCAAAAUCAAUCGCGCACAGUCAGCGCGGGAAAUAUUUCUCAGGAUAAGGACGACUGGACGACGUCCGAUUCGUUCGUGGUACCGCAAGAUGAGAUUAGCACUGGAGUACGUGAAAAUAUCGAGAAUUCGAAAUCAGGCCUGGACGAUACUUUGAAUAAUUUCUCGGAAAAGAAUGUAUCACGCGUCGAUGAUAUGACAAAUCAAGAAGCUGAAAGCAAUUUAAUACGCGACUCUGACGUGUCGGUCUUUCUUCCAAAAGGGGAAUCCACCAACGUCGCGGUACAGGACGUUACGUUUAACGACGCAUUAGCACAGUCUCACAUGGUAAAAAGCCACGACGAACUUGACGAUAUAUUGGAUAUAAUCGCUAGAGAAAAUGAUAAACGAAAAAGCAUUCCUGGAGGUGAGAAGCUUGAUAACGUAAUGUCUGAUUCUAUGGCGGAAUUAUUAGACAGAGUUAAGGAUAUCGUAGAAAAGGACGGGAAAAAUGUCGAUAGUCAUUUUAAAGGACUCUUAUGUGAUAUGGAUAUCAACAUAAAUCGAACUGAAGCAGUUUCGGAAGCCUCAAUAUUAAAUAACAAAGCGCAAAGCGAAAUAAACGUGGAAGGUAUAAGCGAAAGUAAUGCAGCCUCUAUGAGUACUUGUAAAGAUAAAGAAGCUGGUAAUCGUGAGGAAAUAAUAGAUGGUUCGUUACGAACAGUCGACGAUAAAUCUGCCAUAAAUGUAAACUUAUAUGUGGAAAUAGAUAACGAGGAGAGUCCGCGCGAAGCAGUGUCGGAAGUACAAGAAAUUAUAAUAACUGAGCUGGAUUCGAGUAGCGCCGAGGAUAACGUGUUAUCUGAACUUGAAAUUGAUGCCAAAGUUGAAUUAGCCGAAGAAGAGGAAUCGUGCAAUGUAAACGAGGACGAAAAUGAAUGCGUUGUGGCAGAAAAUAAAGGCGCUGUGCCCGUCGAGAUAAAGGAAUGUCUGGAAUCAAUCUCGGAACAAGAUAGUUCGGAUGGUGAGCAGCUGGACAAUCUAGUAGAAGUUGCUGUGAGCGGAUUGGAUACCGUUGAAAAACCUGUUGCGUCGUCGCGUGAUUCUCCCGAGCCGAUAAUAGAUGAUGCGGCGCAGACUGGACGAGCUGAGGAAGAGACAACUGAUGACACUGCCGAGAAGACGAACGAAACCGCGAUAUCGGACGCACCGGUAGUAGGAAAUAUCAACAAGACGUUCGACGUACUGAAAGAUCCAGAAUACGAGGACAUCUCCGAGGAAAGUCUCGAGGUGUCCGAGAUUCUAGACAAAGAUGACUUCCCGAGAACAGGCGCCGCGAAGAAGGCCGCUAACUUGCCGGAGAGGUAUCAAACCAUCCAGAAAUCGGAGGACGUAUUGAGAAUAUUGGACGAAAUCACACAGAAGUCAUCGUUCGAUUCUGUAGCAAGCAAUUCGCAAAACAAUGAGAGGAGUGACCAGAGUGCGCCGAGUGUAACGGAGGAGAUCAGUGAGGCCUCGGGCGCAGAGGUUUCCGCGGAGGACGAUGGUUCGUCCCCCGAGAUGAAUAGAACGACGAACAGGCUCGAGGAGGAGUCUUACGAAGUGGACGAAACCAAAGGUCGAUUCUUAGAAAAAGCAAAAUUGCAGGACAGACAAUCGGUGGAGGCUAACGACGCGGACGGCUUAUCUGAGGGAAAAGCGGUUUCUUGGAGACUGAAUGAGGAUGACAAGUCACGAAUAAUAUACGAGCUGCGCGAGAGAGUCUCGCAACUGCAGGAACAGAAUGGCUCGUCUGAAUCUAGCGAGGCCGGCGAUACUCCGAGGGGUGUGUCCGAGAUCGAGAUGGACUCUCCGAGAGAUUUCAAUGACUCGAGGCUGGACAUUGAUAUCCUGGACGAUGAUCUGCUGAGCGGCACUAAAGCGACGAAACAGAGCAUCGAUAUGGAGACCAAUUUCCAUUCCGCGUCCAUCGUUACCACAUCCGACAAGGACAUCGAAGCUAUGAUCUACGAAUUAAAAGCUUCAGUGGGACAACCUGGUCAGGACGUCGCCGAGUUGGAAGCUAAGCUGCUUCGGAUCCAACAAUUGCAAAUCGAGUUGGAGAUUAAGAAAUUGGAAGCGGAGGAAGUGUCUUACUACGUUCGAGAGAUACCGAACAAGCCACCGCCUCCUUACACCCCACCUGGAGAUGGCCGAUUAUCGGCUUCGCUCAGUUCGCCUUCGCUGGUCACCGCCGUAAUCCCGUCGAACGUCGAGGAGCUAACGUCGUUCACCGAGAAAGCCACAACCCUGAUAUACAAGGCCAAGCUGGCCGGUGAGGAUAUCGCGAAUCUGGAAGCGCCUCCCGAGAUCUACGACGUGACCAAAGAUAAGAGUGAGAGAAGGGACAGGCGAAUCUACAACACUUUUCUUUUCGAUCUCUGUAAGGAGACCAUCGUGGAGGUCUAUCGAGCAGAAUACGAGAAGCCUGGCCCGAGUUGGACGAAGCCGAACGUGAAGAUAAAGCCCACGAUGAAGAUCCCGAAGAACGUCGAGGAACUGAUCGAGUAUGUUAACAAGGAGGUCGCUACGCUGUUCGGUUUCAAAACGAAGCUGCAGCGAGAAAACAUGGUGAUGCGUUGGAGCAGGAAACGCAGAGACAGGGUCGACGAGUUGCUGGCGAGAGAGGCUCAAGCCGAGGAGGACGAAUGGACGAAGUUUCAUCACGACGAGUUGGCGGUGAAGAAUGGACUCACGGUAGCUAUACUGGACACUCUCGUGAUGGAAACUGCUAACGUGAUGAAAAUGGCGUACGGUAAGAAGAGGAGAAUGAUGGUGUAGCGGUUAUUAACUUUCGCGACUGAAUAGAGACAUUAUCUCUCGCAAUUCAUUGUUAAUUAAAGCGAACAAAAGUAACAAAAUACCCUCUCACAAUCAGUCAAUGUUUCCUCAGGACUGCAUUUCGGAUACCGCGUUACUGUCAUUCACACUUUUGUCCAUUAGUAUCUUAAGUGUAACAUAGGCUGGUUCCUAUUUAUUUGUUAACUAUGUAUUUUGUUACUCUUCUUUCUUUUAACAUUAACCAAGCUGACGCGUGUGAAUGUUCAAAUAUAAAUAGACAAACCACAGUGAGGUAAAAUAUAUAUGAAAUAUGAAUGACAGAAAGAGAGAGAGAGAGAGAGAGAGAGAGAGAAAGAAUAUAAUUAACACUAGCCAUUCAAGAUUCGAUAAUCAAAUGCCCUAGGUCAGUUUUAAAAUUUAUUUCUUGUUAACGACGAGUUUCUAGCAUUUAACGAUAAUUAUACAUAUGUACGGGCUAUCAUAGAGCAAGUAAUGUAAGACAUGCGGUACUCUGUGUUUCUACGCGAAAAUGACAAACAAUAAUCAUCGAAUAUCACGGAGCGUUUUAUUCAAUUUAAUUUGCACAGAAUUAUUAGAUUAGUAGUCAGAAAUACGAUCUCUUGUUUACGCGAGUUUCACAUUUUGCUUCUUCAGGCGUCAACAAAAUAUUUGUGCUGCAGGUGUAGUUUAUCGAAAUUGUACAAUGUAACGUCGCAAAAAUUAUACGCGAUAUUUGUGCCGUGUCGCAUCGUACGUGAAGGAAACAUUUCCUAGAUUACCGUAUGUAAAUUGUAUUUUAGCGAAACAGUAGAAUAUAAGUAGGGAGUUUCAAUAAGUCACUUUGGACAGCAGUCACAUGCUCAAUUAUACUUGUAAUGAAAUUAACAAAAUUUAAACGGAAAGACUGACAUUUCGGGGUCAUUUUGAUCGAAAUUAUGAAACCGUUGAAUAAAGUACGUAGAUGGAGAUUGUAAUAAACGUCGGCUAUACAGGGUGAGGCGCAUAAACAUUCAAUCCCGGGAAUUAUUUUCUUAUGUGUCUUAUGUGCUUCUCUCCUGCAUAUUUACGAGUUUUGUGAAUUUUUUUCUUCUUUUUUAAUAAAACGAUCCGCGUAUACAGGCCCUGUAAUCAUGUAGAAUGUCAAGAUCGAGUCCUAUAUACAGUCAUUACAUUUACUCUUAUUAUCGACGAAACUACCUGUAAUUUGUUAAUGGACUGAUAAUCGACUAAUAUGCGUUUUAAGUUCAGUCGCGUCCGACCGUCGCGAUUCUGUUUCACUCGUGUAACUUUACGUUUGUGGUUGUGAUGUUAACAUUAAGACUCACGGGAAUGCAAACGGUGGCACAUGCAAACGUAACUCGGUAACUUAUCUCAAUAUUCGGCGUUACGGCAUUGAUUAUGUGCUCCGUCUUGAAAUUCCUGUGUAUCACUGUAAUAAAAAUAUAAAUACUACAACGCUCAAGUGCGAUGUCCAGCGUUGUUCCUCUAUACGCGGGUAACAUGCGCUUUUGUAUUUUAAUUAGAAGGUAAUUUUAAUUAGAACGUAACUUUUACUAAAACUCCCACGUGCGGACCGCCCUGAAGAGCCUUUCUCCGUUUGCAGGGUAUUCUCAUUCACAAUUCUUUUUACGUUAGCAAUUCUCGGCCGCGUCUGUAGUUGUUACAGAGAUUGUUCACGUAUGUAGUGUUGAAUAUGUACUUAACUAAGGUAUAUUUUAUAAUAAACUUUUUCUGAAAAGCGAAA